AAGAAAAGAAAAAAUCUGUUUCCCGUCGCUGCCACAGUUUCGUGUUGGGUCCCUCCACCUGGCAUGUAACUCAAGUCAGUUACCCUCUUCUCCUUUUGAACUCAAUCUCAGAUUCGGCAAUGGCUUCUUCCUCCACCUUUUCUCUUUCUCUGCUCUGUUACCUCUCUUUCUUUACCUUCUUCUCUCCCUCUCAAUCUCAAUCUCAAUCUCACAACAAGGUCUUGUUAGAGUUGUACUAUGAAAGCUUAUGCCCCUACAGUGCAAACUUCAUCGUUAAUUACCUCCCUAAGAUCUUCAACGAUGACCUUAUCUCCAUCGUUGACCUCAACCUCGUUCCUUGGGGUAAUACCAAGCUCAGAAGCAACGCCACCUUUGAUUGCCAGCAUGGCCCAUAUGAGUGCUUGCUGGACACCGUUGAAGCGUGUGCAAUCAAUAUCUGGCCUGAACUGAGCAAGCAUUUUCCUUUCAUCUAUUGUGUUGAGAACCUGGUGUAUCAGGGUAAGCGCAAAGAGUGGGAAUCUUGUUUUGAGAAAGUGGGUCUGGAUUCAAAGCCUAUUGAUCAUUGUUAUAAGAGUGAAUAUGGAAAAGAGCUGGAGCUACAGUAUGCAGCUGAAACAGAUGCUCUGCAGCCUCCUCAUGAGUAUGUUCCAUGGGUAGUUGUGGAUGGAGAACCACUUUAUGAGGAUUAUGAAAACUUCUUAAGCUAUGUCUGUAAGGCUUAUAAAGGUCCUGCACCCAAAAGUUGCACUCAAACAUACCUUAAUACUGUUCGUAAAGUGGAAGCAAAGCCUAAGCAUUCAAUUUGCAGUAUGGAAGGAGUGAUGCUAACAUGGGAAAAGGUAAGGUCAACCAUUACAUCAUGGAAGCACCAGAUGAACCUCAUAGGUGCAAUUUAGAUGUGCCAAUGCUGCAUGCGAUUUAAAAGCGUUUGGUUCCUGUUCACUUGUAGUGAUACCUAGAAAAGUGAAAAUAGAACUUGUGAUGGAUUGGUAGGUACUUUCUCAGUAAAACCCUGUUGUGUAUAACUUAAUAAAUGCAUAUCGAUAUUUUGGUUAUUCCAUCGUA